UGCAAUAAAAUCUACAAUAGGCAAUUAUAUAAAUUUAAAAUGUGAACAAUUCUAAAUGAACAUUGAGAGUGAUAAAUAUUAAAUGGAAGAUACAUUUUGAAAACCGUUGAAUUAUCAAACUUUGUGUUUACAAAUGAUUAACAUAAAAGAUAAAGUUCUUAAUAAAUGAAUGCAACAACUGAAACGUAACUGUUUCUAAUCAAUCAUGGUGGCUAGAAACUUUUCUCUUCAAGAUCUUUCAUACUCUCGCCUGCUGCAAGUACCGGACGAAGAGCGUGAAUUUCUAGCCCUCGAGGAGUUGAAACCAUACCAAUUGACAGAGCUUGGAUUAUCAACCCAGAAUUCCAUAGAAUCUGAUCAAAAUAGUUUACCACAACAAUCUAAUUCGGAAGUUACCGCAGUCAAUGAUCAAAACGCUCUAGUUGAUGCAAAUAGUGAUCUUCAAGAUCCUUCAGCCGGGGGCCAAUACGGACAAGUUUACUACGAUUUAAAUGCUCAACAAACUACGAAUGGUAGCUGCGUCACAUCGAUGUACAUGCAGCCUAGUGACAUGACACAGACACGUCAUCAUGUUGAUCCCGCAGCCAUCGGAACACAAAUGGAACCUCGAUCGGCAGUCACCAGUUCCACUACGAAUCAACAACAACCACCUCAGAAUCAACAAACAUCAGCACAGCAACAAGUUUCAACAAACUCUCAUACGCAGCGCCAGCAUUCACAAAUAGGCAGCUCAAGGAAACGAAAAUGUUCAUACAAUGACACUAGUGAUCUUGAAGACGACACGGGGGAUGAUGCGAAAUCCGUGAAAACCACAGACGAGAGUAAAAAACAAAAUCAUAGCGAAAUCGAGAAACGUAGACGCGACAAAAUGAACACCUACAUAACAGAGCUGUCAGCCAUGGUGCCCAUGUGCCACGCUAUGUCCCGAAAACUUGAUAAGCUCACGGUCCUCAGGAUGGCAGUGCAGCAUUUGAAAACAAUACGAGGGGCUGUGCAUUCGUAUACGGAAGGACAUUACAAACCUACAUUCCUGUCUGACCAAGAACUGAAAAUGUUAAUUCUUCAAGCUGCCGAAGGAUUCCUAUUCGUUGUGGGCUGCGACCGAGGGCGUAUUCUGUACGUUUCAGAAUCAGUAAACCAGGUUUUAAAUUAUACACAAGGUGAAUUACUAGGUCAGAGUUGGUUCGAUAUCCUGCAUCCAAAAGACGUAGCCAAAGUGAAAGAGCAGCUUUCUUCAUCAGACUUGAGUCCUAGGGAGCGGCUGAUAGAUGCGAAGACUAUGCUUCCUGUUAAAACUGAUGUUCCACAAGGAUUAUCGAGGCUAUGUCCUGGAGCCCGGCGCUCGUUCUUUUGUCGAAUGAAGUGUAAAAUUUCCGCACAAAUCAAGGAGGAGAGCGACUCGACGUCAAGCAGUCAUCGACGGAAAAACAAACUGAACUCGGAUAAAAAGUAUAGCGUAAUCCAAUGCACAGGAUACCUGAAGUCAUGGGCACCGGCCAAGAUUGGUCUUGAAGAGCAGGAAACAGAAUCCGAUAGUGACUCCUGUAACCUCUCAUGUCUUGUGGCAGUGGGCAGGAUACCACCGAAUGUCCUCUCUCCAAAUGUAAAUCCUCCAGCCAAUAACUAUCCAAAUAUUAGAUCAAUACAGUUUAUGUCUAGACAUGCAAUGGACGGUAAAUUCCUUUUCGUUGAUCAGAGAGCAACACUCGUUUUAGGAUUCCUACCUCAAGAACUUCUCGGUACAAGUAUGUAUGAAUAUUAUCACCACGAGGACAUCCCUUCCAUAGCUGAAUCGCACAAAGCAGCUUUGCAAACCACCGAAAAAGUCACAACGCUGAUAUACCGAUUUCGAACAAAGGAUAACUAUUUUAUCCGAUUGCAAAGCGACUGGAAAGCAUUCAAAAAUCCUUGGACAAAAGACGUGGAGUACUUGAUAGCAAAAAAUUCCGUCAUACUAACUGACUACAGAGAGGCCCCCGGAUACAGGCCAGACGGCCCUAAUAAUGUCUCUACAAACUUUGACUUCUUUAAUCAACCUAAUGGACGUGAUAUUCAUAGGAUUAUUAACACUCAUAUAGAAGCUAGUAAAAUAGGUCGACAAAUAGCUGAGCAAGUUCUAGAUUAUCAAAGGCGCAUUAGCGACUCCUCUGCAGAAAGUAGUCCUGAUCCUGAUAGCCGGCCGAGUCUAAACGUUUCCUCGGGCGAAAACAGUACCUCAGGCGGGGAGCUUGGAGCAGAUAGAAGGAUUCCACCACCAACUUUGAACAGACCAAAUGGGACGCUUCCAACCUACAAUAAUGUCCGAAAUAAUUUCCUGUCGAAUUCGGACAAUGCUAACGACGGAGAGCUGUCUAUGAUUAGUAAUUCCUUCAAUGAUGUGUCCAAUAACACAACGUCCGAUGGGAACGACGAGGCAGCUAUGGCCGUGAUCAUGAGUUUACUGGAAGCCGAUGCAGGACUUGGAGGACCAGUCGAUUUCACCGGAUUACCUUGGCCGUUACCAUAAUUAAUUAGGCAAUUUCUAGUUUAUUAUUUAAGACGCUACUUGUAAUAAAGAAAUUAUUUUGUUAAAUAUCAA